AUGCUCAAGGCGGUAGCGGCCGUUCACGGGCAGCUGGGAGAGUCGGAGACUCCAUCAUCUGAGUACCUCGCUCUCAAGUGCGAGGAGUGCGAAGCCAAUGAGCCCCAGGCUUCAACCUUGGAUGCCAUAACUUCGAAGAAGAACACGCUCACCACGAGCAUCCAGUCCAGCCUUGACGCUUCGGGGCGAAUUCAUAUUACUCAGCACAAAUCCAAGAGUGAGCUCCCGACUACUACAGAAGCUUAUCGCAAGGUCCUUCGCGUGGAAGCUUUCACAUGGCUGUGCAUGGCAUCCCGCUUUAAAUCCAAGCAGUGGCUUCAGGAUCUCAAGCUGUCUGACUUCGACCACUUCGUGAACUACAUCCUUGGCGAAAAGGUCGCGCAGCUCACAGUGCCUACUUCUCAUCAGCCAGCCGAUGUGCCUUCACUUUCGCCACCUUGGGAAGUAGUCUUGGCCUAUGAGCACCGGUUGCGCAAGCAGGCUUUCCGUCUGGUCAAUGAUCAGGGUUAUACUCUGGCAGGCGCUCUGGCUUCAGUCAUUUCUUCAGCGGAGCUUAAGGAGACCUACUUCACGACGCCGCUCGCCUUGUCCAUCAUUGAGCGACCACGCAAGUGGCACAAAGGCAAGGGCAAGGGCAAGGACGGAGGCAAGACAGGAAAGGGCGGCAAGGGCAAAGACUCCAAGGGGGGCAAGAACGGCAAAAGCCCCUCGGACCCGGCACUUAAGGGCCUUCAGUUGGUUUGGCGCACGCCGGAAGGCCGCGACAUCUGCUUUGCAUUCAACUCGCAGGGCUGCACCAAUCCUUCAUGCGAACGCUUGCACACAUCAGAUCACAUCGCAUACCAGCCUCAGCUGUACAGUCCGAGCGGGCUUCGUGUGCUCUACAUUUUCGCGGGGCCCCAUCGCAAAGGUGAUGUGGGCUCUUACCUUCAGUCGUUGGGCAAUGUCACUAAUCUUCUUCAGUUCGAUCUUCAGCGCUCCACGGAGCAUGACUUGACUAAGGAAGGCUUGUGGCAGCACAUCUUUCAAUUGCUUGGCGAAGGGGAUUGGAUCCUCAUUGUGGAGCAGGCUAAUUAUUUUCUUGAUCAGACCGUGACGGCAUGUCAACUUGCAUGGCAGUAUGUCCUGGAGCACCCGGAGGAUCUCGGCGCGACGCCGGAUCACGAGUUACCGGCUUCCAUUUGGCAACUACCAGCUCUGCGUGAGCUCCAGGUUUCCACUCAGGCCAUCACUUUUGCAUUCUUUCAAUGCAGCUUUGAGGCUCCCACUUCCAAACCUACCCGCCUUCUCACUAAUCUACAGGCCUUUGUCGAGCAGCCUCCGCCUUUUGCUUCAUGGCCACGCUUCGACUCCAGCGAUCGCUACGUGGGGCCGUUGCCGCCACGCUGCCCGCACGGGAAACACGACAAAGUACUUGCAGGCCGAGAAGGCUCCCGCUGGGCGACCGAGUCAUCAGCAGCCUAUCCUCCUCUGUUGUGUGAGUGGCUUGCGCAUGCUGUGCUUGCUUCCGCUUCGCAGGGGGGACUUGGGUCAGCGCCGCACAGCUCCGUUCCAGGUGAGGCAGGUCCAAUGCAGGAAUCCCACGAGGCGACGCAGGAGGUGCAUCAGGAUUUGUGUGAAGUGCCGCAGGGGCUGCAUCAGGUGGUUUCCGAUAGGGUAGAGGCGGUUACAGAUAGGGUAGAGGCGGUUGGCUUGAUCGAGUCGGAAGCACCUCCUUCCACUUUGUUGCCGUCGCCAGACUCCUCGGGGUCCGCGUGCAAAGGCUUCCCGGCUUCCACUGAAGCAUUGGCAUCCUUCGUGCGUAGCAACAUGCCCGGGCACCCCUUUACCACGAUUAGCCUUUACCUUAACACCGGCACCAAGCCCCACAAGGACUCCAGGAACGCACCUUUGCCCAAUGGGAUAAUAGGGGUUACUGACUUCGUAGGAGGAGAGAUCUGGGUCGAGGCCCAGGAUGGGGAGUCUGUUCAGAUUGUUGACGGUAAGCGCUUAAGUGGUCACCUUCUUCCGAUCAGUGAGACACCCACCUACAUACAUGCUUACCGCGAUCUUCACCUCACAAUGCCCUGGAAAGGUAAGAGAUUAGUCAUCAUAGCUUUCAGUGUAUCGGAGCAUACUCAGGCAUGCGAUGAGGAUCUCGCGUUUCUUCGCGGGCAUGGUUUCGUCCUUCCGGGCGAAGAGCACAGUGCUGAUCUUGAGGCGGUCCAGUCAGAUGAUUCGGAGGUGCUGGAGGGGGGCGAGGUCGAAAGACCGGAGCCCUUCAAGCAUCAGGAGUGCCACAACAUCGGGCUGCCUUUGAACCUCGAGUGGGAUGGCAAAACUCAGCCGAUCACGGAUGGCUUUGGACUCUGCUCACCCACUAGAUGGCCUCCGGAAGCCAGGGGGGGCCUGCUGCCCAAGCAGGCUUUGGAGUUCGCCACUGCCAUGCAUCAAGUGCUUCGAGACUUUGUAGCGGACGUCGUGCCUGAUAUCAGGCGCACGGCGAUGGAGCUUGCGCUAGGCCGCCUUAAGGAAUCACCUUUCACUCCCGAGAUGUUAAGGGUCCUUAGGAAGGAGUGGUUUAGUUGCAUAGAGGCUGCUUCGGGAGGCAAGUGUACGGAUCUUGAUGUGGUGCCGAGUGGCCAGCCAUUCUUCUUGCAUGCUGUGUCUGCGACAGCGCGGCUGUUGCAGGACCCAGAUUGGAAAGCCGUUUCUUGCCAGGAGGACUCCUAUGUCAGCGGGGUCGCGAUCGGUUAUGACUGCCCCGCGCCUCACUUGCCACAGGUGUACGAGUACAAACACAAGUCCCGCAAGCUCGAUGAAUCGGAUGUCGAGUGGCAUCGCGAGAACUAUUCGUCGGCAAACGAAACGUCGGAUCAGCUUGAGAAGAAGUUUGCAGAGGAAGAGGCUCUUGGGCGCAUGGCGCCUUCCACGUUGCCGGUUCUUGAGCAAAAGUACGGGCGGGAUAGGGUUAGGAUAGCUUCUUUAGGUUCCUUGAUUAAACCAGACGGCUCCGCUCGGCCAUUACACGAUGGCACCCACGGUGUGCAUGUCAACAAUGGUAUUAGGCUACUUAAUCAGCAAUCUAAUCCCGGACCCCAGGAGGUAGUUCACCUUGUGCGUAGCGCAAAGCAAAGUCAGGAAGCCACCUUUUGCCUCACCGGCGAUGUGACGGCGGCUCACAGGUUGUUCCUUGUCAGAGAGGCCGACUGGCCUUUGUUGUGCUGUAAGGUGCGCAACGACACGCCGGUCGUUUGGUACAACAAAGUAGGAACGUUCGGUAUUUCAUCAUCCGCCUUCCUUUGGUCUAGAUUGUUCGGAAUCAUCGGCCGCUGCACCGCGCGCUUUCUUUUGACCUUGUGGUUCUAUCACCUCGUAGAUGAUGUUCACGCCAACUUCGCAGGAAGGGAGAAAUUUCAUCAUUUGCUCAUGUGGCUAGCAUGCUUCGAGAUGUUUGGCACACCUUUCGCAUACAAGAAGUUCCGCGGUGGGCUCACUUCGGCUUUUGUGGGUUACGAACUUUCUUAUCCAGACCAGAGGGUUGGAAUUUCGGAAUCGCGGGGCCAGUGGCUCUUGAAAUGGAUCGCUGAGGCUCGGUCCUCUAAGUUUGUUGUUUCGGUUCGCAGGUUUGCUGAGUUCUUAGGGAGACUGGGCUUCGUUGCUCGGCUUUUGGUUUGGCUUAAGGCACACCUUGCGCCGCUUUACAGCUGGAGGGCAGCGGUGAACGACAGUUCAGUCGCUCGGAUGCCCGACACCGUCAUCCUUACUCUUGAAUAUCUUGACCUCACGUUCAGGGACAUGACGUUCAAGGUCGCCGCAGCAAGAUCGGUCAAGAGAGCAGGCGUGGCCUUCCGCACUGAUGCAAAGUGCGCGGACGGGUACGUGGUCCUUGGGGGUUGGGAUUGCGCAGGCACAACUCAGGAGUCCAGAUGGUUCUCACUUCGACUUACUCCCUCAGAGGCCCCUUACCUCUUUGACUCAGAAGGUCACAGUCAGUGGGCUUCGGCAUCGGCUGAAUUGCUGGCCACGCUGGCCGCACUGCACAUCUUCGGUCACCUUGAAGCCGGGCCAACUAGGCGUUUGAUGAAGGUUGAGGUUUUAGCUCAGACGGAUAAUAAGUCUAACGAGGGCUUGACUCGCAAGGGUUCUACAACGCGCUGGCCCUUGCUCAUGGUGAACAUGCAGCUCACCCAUGUUCUCAUGAAGGCCGGCUUGCGGUUGAACUUGGGAUGGCGUCCACGGGACGAAAAUCAGGAGGCCGAUGAUUUAACCAACGAAAUCUUCGACCGUUUCUCUGAGGAGUUGCGGGUCCCAGUGCAGUACUCCGAAUUGCCGCUUUCCUUUCUUCACACUCUUUACGAAGCCAGGCGUGCACAGCUGAGCAGCCGUGAAGUGGAUUCCAUCCGCGACACGGUCGGUGGCAGGCCACGCUUCAGAGGCAAGAGAAAGAGAGAGAAGUCUCCUUGGUGA